AUGUACAGCUCGUACGGAUCUUACAGCUCGUUGAGCUCGGUAGCGCAGCCACUCGACAUCGCGCCGUCCAGCUACCUGUCGCACAGCUCGGCCUCGUACGGCAACUGCGCCUUUCCCUCGUGGCCGCAGCGAUCCUCCCUGACCGACUCCGCGCACGAGCAGCGGGCGUCGUCUUACCUGUCCGACGACGACCUGUUCCCCUGCGAGGUGGUCGAGGACGACGCGCACAGCAUCGCGAGCGCCGACAGCACCGCGUCGACGUCGCUCGGCGCGCAUGAGGAGGAGAUGCUGGCGCGGCAACAGCAGAAGAUGGCGAUGCAGCAGGAGGCCAUGAAGUUCCUGCUGGGCGAGAAGGAGCGCCGCCGCCAGCAGGCCAAGCGCCAGCGCCGCAGCGGAGGCUCUUGCGCCAAGAAAAGCCCCAAGAACAAUGGUGGCGAUCACAUGUCUGCUAUCACCGAGUGA